AUGGAACCUGCAACUAAAGAAACAAAGAUUGUCCUUAACCUGUCCCGCUACUUCAUCGGAGUUGAAUGUAUCGAAUUUGGUUUUGAUGCCAAAACUAAUGACUACAAGAUAAUCAAACUUCUUUAUCCCUUUCACGUCUUUAACUCAAUCUCAAGUGAAAUCCAAAGUGAGGUAUAUACCUUAAGUGCCGAUUCUUGGAGACGAGGCGAUAGCCCCAUGUGUUGUGCUUUAAAUCCUUAUAUCUGUGGCUUGAACACAUACGUCAAUGGGAUGGCUUCUUGGGACGCACGUGUUGAUGAUUGGAAGGGUGUUUUGUCAUUUGACAUGAGCAAUGAGGUAUUCCUAAAAACAUGGCUGCCAGAUGUUUUGAUGGUUGAUGGUUUGAAUAGUGAGAGAGACUUUUUCUUGUUGAAUGAAUCUAUUGCUAUGGCAGUUACUAUCCUGGUUGGAGAUGGACCAAAUGGUGACUGGGACGCCCACAUGUGGGAGAGUUUCUUUGAUAUAUGGUUGUUGCUUGAAGUUGGUGUUAAGGACUCCUGGACUAAGCUUUUCACUAUUGGACCGUUUAAAGAAAUUGAACGACCAUUAGGAUUCUGGAAGAAUGAAACUAUGUUCUUGGUAAAAGAUGACGAACAGCUGGUCUUGUAUGACCCCUUGACCAAAGAAAUGAGUAAUUUGCUAAUUGGUUAUGGAGUAACAGGCUGGACAAAAUUGGUUACUUACAUGGAGACCCUAGUUUCUAUCAAGCAUUUGAAGAGCAGGACAGAUGUUGACAAUGACCAUCUCUAUAUUUCAGUUACAAGUGUGUUUCAAGCAGCAUAG